GCCUUGUUGGGAACAUGGCCGAGGUGAAGCGCGUGUCCUGGAUCUGGGACAGGUGGACAUCAACUGUAGAGGAGGACUGAGCCAGACACCGGUGAUGGCGGCAGCACUGGAGGGACACAGAGAGGUGGUGGAGCUGCUACUGAGUAGAGGAGCUGAUGUGUCACUGGUGGACGAGGACGGUAACAACAUCCUUCACUACGCCUGUAUGGGAGGAGAUGUGGGGACGGUGGAGUUGAUACUGUCCCUGGACGUGGUGGACGUCAACGCCAGGAACAACGACGGGGAGACAGCGGCCGACAGGGCGAGAGUCGAGGGACAUCAUCAACUGGCGGAUCUCGUGUCACGUGCUGCUCGGUGAAGUCGUGUGAUGUGGUGCAGACAGUGAUGAUGCUGUUACUGACACUGACGUGGUGUGUGCCGUUCACGUCGUCGUAUUUACAUUGUGGGACCAAGUUUAGAAUUAUUGUUGUGUUUGAGGAGAAAUAAAACUUGUUGAAA